AUGGCAGAAGAGAUUUCAAUAACAUUUGAUGAAUAAAACAAGAUCAGAGUGUUAGAUGCUGAGAAGUAUAGAGAGACAGAAUAGUUGAAAAUAGAGAGCAUGGAUUUUAUUAAAAAGGUGCUUGCUUUAGAUGAGGUGGUUCAAAAUUUGAAUGAGACACUUGAAGAAUAUUCAAAAAAAAUAGAGAUUGAGAAGUUGAGAGCAAUAGGAGAGAGAAAUAAAGUAGAAACAGAGUAGGAAAACAGAAAGAAGAAAUUGAUGGAGUUAUCGAACAUUUUGAAUGAGAGAAAGGCUGAAUUGGAUAGAUAUCAAAUUGAACUUGAUAGUCUAUAGAAAGUCGAAUAGGAUCAAAGAAUACUAAUAGAGAAGCUUAGCAACAAUGAAGCAUGA